GGAUUAGAGUUUACAGAACGAGUCUGCGCACAAUCCCAGCAGUGCCGCCCACAGUCAGGAAAAGGGCGUGGGUGGGUUGAAGACCUGGUCAGGCUAGGCAGCACGUCUCUGUCUUGGCUGCGAGCUUCGAGACAGUCAGAGAUCUGGACGAGACCUGCUCCCAUCACGACAAGCUGCCUUCACGCUGUGUGUCUCAGUUAUCCAGUUCCAUGGCGUCGGCGCUGGAGGACGCGCUCGUGUGUGCCGUGUGCCUGGACCUCUUCCAGGAGCCCGUCUCCCUGCCCUGCGGGCACAGCUUCUGCCAGGCCUGCAUCCGGCGCCACUGGAAUUCCUCGGGAGACUGCCGCUGCCCACAGUGCCGCCGGGCCAUCCCGGACCCCCUGGCGCUGCGCCGCAACCUGAGCCUGGCCGAGGUGGCGGAGCAGCUGCGGGCCAGGGCCAGGCCGAGUGUCCCGCUCUGUGACGCCUGCCCCGCCACGCCUGCCAGGCCCCCAGCUGCCCUUUCCUGCACCCUCUGCCUGCUGGCACUCUGCGAGGACCACGCCCGCCGCCACCACGACAACCCCGCCUUCCGAGGCCACCGCCUGUUGCCGACCCCCAAC